GGCGGCGCUGGGCGGCCGGGCGCGCGGCGCUGCGUGUGAGACAUGAUGAGGAUAAAGUCGAGAUGGGCCACCCGGGCGAGCACGGAGCGAUCCGCAGUGGAUUUAAUUUGCACAGGGAGUUGCCCAGGGCUCACCCCCGAGAGAAUGUGAUCUGCUAACAGCUGGAGGGAAAGCAGAUCCUCGCCCCGCACCCGCUGGCUAGCAACGCGUGCAUCUAAACCAAAGACAAAGUAUUAGCAUGGCAUAAAAUAUGGCCCAGUUCUACUACAAGAGAAGUGUUAAUGCCCCCUACAGAGAUCGUAUCCCUCUUCGUAUAGUGCGAGCAGAGUCUGAACUUUCACCUGCAGAGAAAGCCUAUCUGAAUGCUGUUGAGAAAGGAGAUUACGCCAGUGUGAAAAAAGCUCUGGAAGAAGCUGAAAUUUAUUUCAAGAUCAAUAUUAAUUGUAUUGAUCCCCUUGGAAGAACUGCUCUCCUUAUUGCAAUUGAAAAUGAGAACCUUGAGCUCAUUGAACUGCUCUUAAGCUUUAAUGUUUAUGUUGGAGAUGCUCUACUACACGCUAUACGCAAGGAGGUAGUUGGAGCUGUGGAACUGUUGCUAAACCACAAAAAGCCCAGUGGGGAGAAACAGGUGCCACCCAUACUUCUGGAUAAGCAGUUCUCGGAAUUCACACCAGACAUUACACCCAUUAUUCUGGCUGCUCACACAAACAAUUAUGAGAUCAUAAAACUUCUUGUACAGAAAGGGGUUUCUGUACCCAGACCACACGAAGUCCGCUGCAACUGUGUUGAAUGUGUGUCAAGCUCAGAUGUGGACAGCCUACGCCAUUCUCGAUCCAGACUCAACAUCUACAAGGCUCUUGCAAGCCCAUCUUUGAUUGCAUUGUCUAGUGAGGACCCUUUUCUUACAGCAUUUCAACUAAGUUGGGAGCUUCAGGAAUUGAGCAAGGUAGAAAAUGAGUUUAAAUCAGAAUAUGAAGAACUGUCACGGCAGUGUAAGCAAUUUGCAAAAGAUCUCUUGGAUCAGACACGGAGUUCCAGGGAAUUGGAAAUUAUUCUUAAUUACAGGGAUGAUAAUAGCUUGAUAGAAGAACAGAGUGGUAAUGAUCUUGCAAGACUGAAACUGGCAAUUAAGUACCGUCAAAAAGAGUUUGUUGCCCAGCCCAACUGUCAGCAGCUGCUUGCAUCUCGCUGGUACGAUGAGUUCCCAGGCUGGAGGAGACGACACUGGGCAGGGAAGAUGCUAACAUGUGUUGUGAUAGGACUCCUUUUCCCUGUCUUCUCUGUGUGCUACCUGAUAGCUCCCAAAAGCCCACUGGGGCUGUUCAUCAGAAAGCCAUUUAUCAAGUUUAUCUGCCAUACUGCAUCCUACUUGACUUUUCUCUUUCUGCUGCUGCUUGCCUCUCAGCACAUUGACAGGUCAGACUUGAACAUGCAGGGACCACCGCCAACCAUCGUCGAGUGGAUGAUAUUACCGUGGGUCCUGGGUUUUAUCUGGGGUGAAAUUAAGCAGAUGUGGGAUGGUGGACUUCAGGAUUACAUUCAUGACUGGUGGAACCUAAUGGAUUUCGUGAUGAACUCCUUAUACUUGGCAACAAUUUCUUUGAAACUUGUUGCCUAUUCAAAGUACAGUGGGUUACACCCACGAGAAUACUGGGAUAUGUGGCACCCUACUUUGGUGGCUGAGGCAUUGUUUGCAAUUGCAAAUAUCUUUAGCUCCCUGCGCUUGAUCUCAUUAUUCACUGCAAAUUCUCACCUGGGACCUCUACAAAUAUCUCUAGGAAGAAUGUUACUGGACAUUUUGAAGUUUCUGUUCAUAUACUGCCUUGUGCUGCUUGCUUUUGCAAAUGGAUUGAACCAGCUGUACUUCUAUUAUGAAACAAAGGAAAAUCAAAGCUGCAAAGGCAUUCGAUGUGAAAAGCAGAAUAAUGCAUUUUCAACAUUAUUUGAAACAUUGCAAUCACUCUUCUGGUCUAUAUUUGGACUCAUUAACCUCUAUGUGACCAAUGUGAAAGCACAGCAUGAAUUUACUGAAUUUGUUGGGGCCACUAUGUUUGGAACCUAUAAUGUCAUCUCUCUGGUUGUUCUGCUCAACAUGCUGAUAGCCAUGAUGAAUAAUUCUUAUCAGCUCAUUGCCGAUCAUGCAGACAUUGAGUGGAAAUUUGCUCGUACAAAGCUUUGGAUGAGUUACUUUGAAGAAGGAGGAACUCUACCCACUCCUUUCAAUGUCAUACCAAGCCCAAAGUCUCUCUGGUAUUUGACUAAAUGGCUGUGGAGACACUUGUGCAAGAAAAAGAUCCGGAGGAAACCUGAAAGUUUUGGAACAAUAGGGAGGCGCGCAGCUGAUAAUUUGAGAAGACAUCAUCAAUAUCAGGAAGUUAUGAGAAAUUUGGUUAAGAGAUAUGUUGCAGCAAUGAUAAGAGAUGCCAAGACUGAAGAAGGCCUCACAGAGGAGAAUUUUAAGGAAUUAAAGCAAGAUAUUUCCAGCUUUCGUUUUGAAGUCCUGGGUCUGUUAAAAGGAAACAAGAUAUCUAAUCUACAGACUUCAAAAGGCAGCAAAGAAGCUGCCUCCGUGUCAGAGACUGAGGAAAAAAAUGAGAGUGAAGGAAAACAGAAAGUGAAGAAGAAGAACUUCAGCCUUUUUGACAUAACUACAAUGAUUCAUCCACGUUCAGCCAGCAUUGCCUCUCAGGCACAUAAUGUGAGCAAUGGAUCUGCAAUGAUAGUGCCUGAGUCCACCAAGGAGAAACAAAGGAGGGUGAACUUUGUAACAGAUAUCAAGAACUUUGGGUUAUUUCAUAGACGGUCAAAAACAAACUCUACAGAGCAGAGUACAAAUAAAAUAUACACCGUUUCUGAAGAAGUUUCACGUCAACAAGUAGAAGAACAAUGUGAGAAAGCCACUGAACUGGAAGAAGAAAAACUGCCCUUGAGUUGUGAAUUAAGUGUCCAAAGUCUCAACGAAGAGUGCACGUUAACAGAAAGUAAGCAAAAUAAUAGUGAGACUUUGAAUUCACAGAGUGAAGAGAAUGCUUGUUCUUCAGAAAAUGAGAAGACAGAGGUACAGGACUCAGGCACAUCCCCACAAAAAGACUGUCUUGACAAAGAAUGGGAUGUUAGGAGUGACUCAGAUAUGAAGCAUGAGGCAGUUGAGCAGGGUGAUUAUAUAACAAGGUUGUGAUAUGGGAGGGAGCAUUUACAAAUAUAUAUAUUUUGCAUAGUGCUUUUUCUUGGGAAUGUUUUAAAAAUUAUUAGCAAAUGCAGAAUUACACUUUAUAGUAUUCAACUGUGGCACAUGAACUUGUAACAUAAUUAAGUGAGGGAAAGACAAUAGAGGAACCUUCUGUUUUGUAGCGUGCUUUAGCUUUCACAAUUUGUUUUACAUUUUUUUAAUAAAUGGAAGCAUCUUGUAUUCUUGUACUGUUGCAAUAACCCACAGAAACUUUUUAGCUAUCUUUUUCAAUUAAAACAAAUGCAAUUUCUCUCGUAUGAUAGUUAA